UUGAACAUUUUUGGACAGUAGGGACUCGAAAUUAGCUCGAGUGAAAACGCACUUUCCCAAACCUCUACUACUGAGCCCUAGCAGAAGCGCCCCCGCGAGCCCGACGCGAGCCCUAGCAGAAAUCGCGAUUCGCGAGCUCUCCCUCUCCCUCUCUUCGCCAUCUCCUGCCGCGAUCGCACUUUCCCAAACCUCCCUCUCCCUCUCUUCGCCAUCUCCUGCCGCGAUCUCCUUCCUCUCUUGAAGCGCCAUCUCCUGCCGCGAGCCGCUUCUCGCCAGCCAUCUCCUGCCGCAAGGAUCCUCUCUUGCGCUAACUCCCUAGCAGAAGAAUCGUCGGCCACUCCCUCUCCAACGCCUCCCUGCGGCGACCCGCUACCUUCCCGGCCUCGAUUUGGGAUCCACGACAACGCCUCCCUACGCCACGAUCAUCCCCCACAGAAAACCGCACAGCUAGGUUUUCUCACGCCUGGAAAAUCCUUCUCCGCAACUACUGCAAUGGAAGAUCUGAAAGCAGCACUGAAUGAGCACGUUGAUCUUGUGUCUGAUCUCUUUGAAAAGUUCUCUGCCGAACUUCGUAGUGGAUUUGGACCAGCAGUUGAUAACUUCAUUGGUUUCUUUCAUGCAAUUGAUUGGAAGGAGCCUUGGUUGAUAUGCUUAUUAGCUUUCCAUUUUAUUUUGCUGCUUACAACUUUAUUGUCUAGGAAAAAUGUGAAUUUCCAACUAUUCCUGUCUCUUCUUGCAUUUUCAGGCGUUUAUCUUGCUGAGAGGGUUAAUAGUUUCCUAGGGAAAAGGUGGCAGAGCUUUUCCAGCCAGAACUAUUUUGAUCCUCAUGGUGUCUUUAUAUCAGUACUCUGGUCUGGCCCGCUACUUGUCAUUACUAUACUGAUUGUGGUAAACACACUCUUUACACUUUGCCAUCUUAUGGUGAAAUGGAAAAAAGCAGAACUUAGACACCGUGCUCGUGUCGGUCGUGACAAGCAAGAAUAGGAUAGACUCAAAUCUCUUACUGUGAAACCAGUGUUGCUUCUUGAUUUUAAUCUUUAAUUCUUGUCAGAGUUCCGAGGGCUUUGAAGAGUAGUUGAAAUUAGUAUUUAAAAGUGUCCCGAGACUUAAAAAGUGAACUUGAGUAACGUGGCAGCUUGACAAUUUUGGGGCGACAUAAUUUAGAGUCCAAUUACUCUUUGCAGCAACUUUGUAGCCACUAAAUGUUGUUGAAUGUGAUGAACACUUUUUAUAUGUUUGCAAA